UCUCUACACGGAGGCAGCUUGCUGCUUUUGCUCUAGUCUCCCCCAUCCCAAUUCCCAGAUCCCCCCCACUCCUCGCUCGCUUCCUCCACUUCCCCCACCGCCCAGCACCCACCACUAGCCUCCUCUCCGCACUCGGCUUCCUCUCUGCCUCAUCACUCCCGCAAUUCGCAUCGGCGACCCGCCGCCCCGCCCGCCGGCGGAGACAAGAGUGGACCGAUCUCGCGGUGGUGGGCGCAGCCAUGCUCCACAAGUUCGCGCUCGCGUUCAAGACCAAGACCAUCGAGUUCUUCGCCGAGGAGGAGGACGAGUACGCCGACGGCUUCGCGCCCUCUCCGGCCCGCACUGCGGCGGACGGGGUCCUCGCCAACCAGCGGGUGGUCGUGCUGAAGCCCGACCCGCUGUACCCUAACCCUAGCGCGGACGGGGACGGGGAAGCGGCGGUGUCCGGGCAGGAGGCGGCCAUGGCGGCGGCGCUCGCGACGGCGUCGUCGUUCCAGGCGGCGUACCUGCACCUUCAGGCCGCGCACGCGCCGUUCCUGCCGGAGGCUGCGGCGUCCGCGGACACCGCCGCGGUGUCGCACCUCCGGCGGCUGUCGGAGCUCAAGCGACUCGCGAGGGGCGAGCCGGGCUCCCUCACGGCGCACCUCGAGGCCCAGGUGCGCGAGAACCAGGCGCUGCUACGGUCCUUCGACGCCGUGGUGAACCGCCUCCAGGCCGCACUCGAUGCCAAGGACGCCGCGGCCGCCGCGCUGCGGCGGGAGCACGAUGCGUUCGACGACGGCAACGCCCGUCUCGCGGCGCGCCUCGACCGCGCGCUGGCCCCUCCGCCGACGGGCGCCGGCUGCGGCGGCGGGGACGCCGUCGGCGCCAUGCUUUCCGCGGGCGUUUUCGACUCCGUGCUCCGCGACGCCCUCCGUGUGGCCCACCGCUUCGCCCGCGCGCUCGCCGAGGUCCUCCGAUGCGCUGGAUGGGACCUGGCCGCAGCUGCAGUAGCUGCCUACCCCGGCGUCUCCUACUCCAAGCCCGGCCACUGCCGCUACGCCCUCCUCUCCCGCGUAUGCCUCUCCAUUUUCGACGGUUUCGACUCCUACCAAUUCGGUGGCACAACUGACACCGCAGCGCUCGAAGGAAUCGAGCUUGCAAUCCGUCGGAAUGAGUCGUUGCAGCAAUUCAUCGAGCACUCAGAUGCAGACCCCAUGGAGCUCAUGCAUUCAAGUCCGGACUGUGAAUUUACCCAAUUUUGUGACCGCAAGUACAAGCAGCUCAUCCAUCCUGGCAUUGAGUCCUCACUCUUUGGGAAUUCAGACUGCGGGACAUUGCCGGUGAUGGGUGUGGCUGGUCCACUCUACGAGCUGUUCGUUGCAAUGGCAAGCUCAAUUUGGACACUCCAUAGGUUAGCCUGGGCGUAUGACCCAGCAGUCGGCAUAUUCCAGGUUGGCCGGGGCACCGAGUACUCGUCCGUGUACAUGGAGAACAUUGUCCGGUCGAAGGAUUUUUCAGGGAGCAGGGAGCUUUGGAAGUCGGUGCGACCGAAGGUUGGGUUCACAGUGGUGCCGGGUUUCCGGCUCGGUGGGACUGUGAUCCAAUGUAGGGUGUACCUAGACUGUGGGAAGAGGGAAGAAGGAACUAUAGAUUCAUUUUGAAACGAAGUGAAACAAUAUAGUAAAAAAGAGAAACUGUACAUUUGGAAACAAAAGGAGGUUGUGUAAAGGCGACCAACUGUCGAAAUAACCUUGCAGGAUCAAUGUCGUUGCUCAAUGAUGAGUAUAAAGAAAACUACUUAUCUUUUGUUUUAUUUUUUGGUUCGGCUGAAAGGCGGUGUUAGUAGACAGUUGUACAAAGGUCAUCAGAUUCAGAGAGCUUUGUGUUCUAACCGUGUCGAACAGUUUUCAUCUAAUCUUUGGUAACUUAUUUGUGUGUAAUUUGAUUCAUCUGUAAAUGUAAAUUUACGAUCCUGUUCUCGUCAAUCUAUUGCCUUUUCAGUAAUCAGAUACUGCAUUCU